GAGGGAGAGAGAGGGGGGAAGGCAGAAUGGCGACCGUGCAGUGCUCCAAAUGCACGGCAGAAAGGAAGGGUUUCCGGCGGGAAUUGGAUUCUUGGCGACACAAACUGAUACACUGCGUUGGGUUUGAAAGCAUUCUGGAGGGAGUCUAUGGUCCACUACUGCUGAGAGACCUUAAUUAUUUGACGACUGUGAACCCGACGAAGUUGUUGACUGGUCCCCAGAAGGAAGCUGCUCUUACUGCUCAUUCUGCAACCUUUCCCUGGAUAAACUCAGUCAUACCUCAGUUCCUCACACUAGCCAGAUCAAGUAGCCACGCCUCCCCUCUCCUCUCAUCUGAUUACUCUCCCUGUCAUGUUCCAACUGUCUCUGAAAGCAGCCAAUCGGCUCACAGGUUCCUCCAAGCUGUAUUUCAUAAGAAAGAUGUGUCCCUGGGCUAUGAUUCCAACGUCCCACUCAUUGCCCAGGAGCUGAUGAAAAAGAUGAUACAUCAGUUUGCCAUGGAGUAUGCAUCCAAGUGCCUACUCCACACCAGUUCAAAGGGUGUUACAACAAGGACCUCCUCCCCAUUAUCAGAAACAUCAGAUGCCCCUCUUGACCUCACAGUGAGCCGUACACAGGAAGAGAAAGAGACAGAACCUCAACCAGAUGGCGUGCUCGACCUCUCCAACAGGAAUUCUGCUUGCUCAGCAACUUCAAAAUCCUCAUCCUCCACAUCUAAUCACAAAGCCUCAGGGAGGCAGCACAGGCAGAAGGAGUACAUUGAGAGGAGCCUGGAGCUGUCUGAGGGUUUGCUGUCCAAGGCCUUGAAGGAUAUACGUUCAGGGAGGCUGCAGGAACAGCGAGCGGCGUUGCUCUAUGGAAUACCACUUCACACCCUGAGGCAAGGCCUUGAAAGCUGGGCUGAAGGGGGGCUGGGGAUGCUUCAACUGCCACCAGGAAGCAGAGAUUUCAGAGAUGAAGUGACAUCAUACAAUGUGAUGUCAUCUAUGCUGGGAGGUGAAGCCCGUCUUGUUCUGCAGAAGGUGGCAGCAUGGGCAGAGCGAGCAGAAAUUGGUGGGGCUGAGGAGAAUGGAGACUUAAGUUUCCCUUCACCAUCUCUCACCUUUUUUCAGCCAAGUGGUCUACAGAAGACCCUCCCCCAUUCUUUUCCCCAGCUCAGGGAUGGUCUCCAGGCCCCAUCAAGCCCCACUCCCAGUUUGGAGCCCCCGCCACCCCUGCGUAUUCCUCAGGUCCGCUCCAUGUCAGACCAUAAUAGAUCAAUCACAGCUGAGAAUUGCAGCGUAAAUGAAAACUUACAUCAUCGUACCUCAUCAACAGAGGGCACUGCCAGUCUGUCCACAUCUGCUGCUAGACCUUCAUCUCUAUUCAAAAUCAGACCUCCUGUCUUGGCUCAUGGCUGUGUGGGUAGUGCCAACCAAUCACCUCAUCGCCUGGGACCACGUGGCUCUCACUAGAUGAUUUAGAGAGGGGCUGACCGUCGGGAUAAAGACAAACAACCAAGGAAGAAACGUGGAAGAUCGCAAUAUGACCAUGAACUGUUGGAGGAGGCAAUCUCUAUGGUGAUGGCAGGUCGCAUGAGCGUGUCUAAGGCCCAGGGAGUUUAUGGGGUGCCCCAUAGCACACUGGAAUACAAAGUUAAAGAGCGUACUGGGACACUGAAGAACCCACCUAAAAGGAAAUCAGCCAACGUCUGUCCAUCCGGUUCCAACUUGUCUGGUUCUGGCACCACCAGUUCCAAUAACUCAGGGACUCUUGCCUCAGCUGCUGCAGCAAAGAGGUUCUAGACAACAAAAUGCCUCUAGAACUCCUCAACACUUGAACUCAUCACCUCUUACAAGAUAUACAAGUUUUUUGGAGACACUUAAAACACAAAACAUGCCUUCUCAAGAUAAAUGGAUAUUAAUAUUCAGGUCUUUUAACUGUUUGUCUGUAAUGUGAUUGUCAUACUUUUACUUGUGUUUCUCCAGCUUUGGCCAGGGCUUUUAUAAAUACACCUAUAAGUCACAAAAUGUUCAAAAGGUAUUGAUCAAUAUCACCUGAAGCUGCCAAAAUUAUCAAAAUUAAAAAAAACUUACUGAAGAAUCAAGACAAUAAGCUAAAAAAAUGCAGCCUUUUUUCAUAUAAAAUCUCCAGAUAAUCUUUACAGUACUGUGAUUUUAUAUUUCUCUAAGGAGAAUACUGACAUUUACUGCUCACUGUCCUGAUCACCCAGGAUAAAGCAAGAGAAACACAAUUGUGCUACUCACAGCUUCAAAAAGUAUGACUAUCAUCUUUUCUAGCUGAUAGGUUAUUAGGUUAUUCAGGUUUGAUUCAAUUCUUAAAACUCCUUGUUAAUGGAGUGUUGAUGAUUGUCAUUUGCAGCUUUCUCCUUCUGGGUGUCUUACCUAGGCUACUGAAGUGACUUAGAGCCAUUGUAACAGAUUUAAAAACUCAUGACUAUUGUUAGACACCUCUGCAAACAGUGAUUGUACAGUGUAACCUGCUGAGGUGGCUACAUCUUCAUUAUGAGUUUUUGUUGGAAGAGAUUAUCUUACAAAAGCCAUUUUGUGUCCACAUAGUUUCCUCUCUAUUUGUGCAAGCUAGUCUGAACAUUGUAUUGAGUGUCGAUGGAAUGCUACUGUGCAGCAUGUUUUAUAAUGUGCUCUGAUAAGCUUGGGAAAUGUAUGUUAUUGUGUAUUGUUUGUGAAAAAUGUUCUUUUACGGUCACAUAUAUACUAAUUCUGCUACUGUAGCUGUAUUACUGUAAACCUCUACAUGACUGCUGCUUUAAACAUUACUUUAUGGGACCAUUUCCCUGGCACAAAGAUGCACAGCUAAAACAAAGACGCUUAUUUCGACUAAUGGGAUUCCAAGGUGACAUGCAGUGAAAUAUGUGAAAUGUAAAUGACAGGUUUGUUUUUUUUGAAUGGAUAGGGUAAUGCGUGGUCUAAAGGAGGUUAUUGUAAAUUGUUAAAUGAUGGCAUGGUGACAGUGACUUGAUACAGUACAAGACUUCAGGUUACUUUGCCUGGGUCUGGAAAAUGUUGUGUCUGAGAUGGGCUUAUUUCAUUAGCAGUGCUACUACCAAAGCAGCAGUUCAUGGUUACCUACCGAAAGCUGCUUCAAUUUGUUUUGCUGUGAUGUUAGCCUGCCUGUCUCUCUUUCUAACCUCAUUACCACAUAUACCUCUAAACUUUUAUCUGCCUGUAGCCCAGCGUCAGGUUUCACUUCAAGGCCUCUGUGUUUUGAUAUUGAAUAUGCUGGGGUAUGAGCUCUUAUUUAGCUUGGGAACAUUAUGAGCUCUUUGUCUCUCAAGGAACAACACCUAAGUGUAAAUGUAUUGACAUCGACAACACUUAAGCAUCAAGUUAAUGCAUUAUGUUUAUUAUGUGUUAUUUGUAGUUUGAAUGCUACUAGUUAGAACUGUUAUGGUAAAGCUUUUAUUUAUCUCAGUGGCAUUUUAGACUAUACAAAUUCCGAAUGUCUCUGGUCAUAACAGUACACAGUGCCUGUGUCUGGGCCAAAGCAUAGUGCAGCAUGAUGUCUAUACUCUGGGAACUGUCUGAUCUUUAUAGUAAAGGGCGGUUUUGUAAAUGAUCCUAUACUCCGGUUAAGAAACAAACAUUUAAUAUUUGCAUCAUAGCAUUACUGGGAUUGUUUUCAAAUUGUUCAACAGCAUUUUUGUUUGUUUGUUUUAGGACUGAACUGCUGGCAAAUCUUUCUAACGUCUAAACACAAAUCUGCUAUUUAUGCAUAAUCAAUUAUGCACUAUGAUUUAUAAGAAGCAUUUAAUUGUUGUGUUUUGUGUUGUUGCUGCAUACUUAUUUAUUGAUUGUGCUUCAUAACUGUGAUUUUACUAGUUUGAUUGUUGUAGUUCUGGAUUCGUAAUGAGGCACUCUGAUGCAAUGUGAAAUGUGUAUUGCUACAACUGCAUGAUCGCUUUUAAUGUUAUCUUAUGUAAUUUAUUUAAUCCUGAAAUGACACCCCUGAAUAUUGUGCUUGUUUAGUGUUUAUGUCAAAAUGAAAUUAUUUAAGUAUUUUUAACAAAAAAAAAUUAUUUGGUUGUCAUAAAAAAAACUCAGCAGUAGCACUACAGAAUGUAAGUCUCUUGUAUUGCAUCCAACACUUUUUGAAAAUGUUCAAGGUCUGGUACAAGGUCAUACCAAAUCACUACAAAUACUAUCCAGUAUCACACUUUAAAUGUCAUACCACUAAAGCCAACUUUGUAGUGAAAAUAAUUUCUCUUAAGAAUUGAUUUGAGUAUUAUUUGAGUUGAACAUUUGGAAAAGUUUUUGAUGUGUUAGCUUGUUGAUGAAAAGUGCUGUUGAAAAAACUUCACUUUGAGCGUUUCUACAAUCGUUCCCUUCUGCAUCUAGCAGAAUAUUGUCAUUUGCCUUCAGCAAGUCAUCAAUAAAACAGGUCUCUAAUAUUAACUUGA